GCGCGAAAGUACCGCGCAUGCGGGCUAGCUUCCUUCCUGACAAGAGGGAUGGCGGAGUCUCCAGCCCCUAAGCGAAAGCGUGAGGAGAAUGAGGGCGAGAACGGAGCCGCCGGGUCCCACGAGGAGGCCCCCGCCUCGGACACCUUCCCUUUGGCCGAGCUCUCGGUGCGCCGCGUGCUUAGGGAGUCUGCGCGGGAUAAGACCAUCUUCCUCCAUGGGCAGGUGAAGGGCGCUUCUGGGGACGGGUCUGACGCCGUAGUGAUUCUGGAGAAAACGCCCUUCCAGGAGGAAAAUGUUGCUGAGCUUCUGACGAAAUACACAAAGCUCCAACUGCAGAUGUCCAAUGAUAUCUACAGCACUUACCGCCUGUUUCUGCCUCCAGAGCUGAACGAAAUUAAAACGACGGUAGUGUACCCAGCAACAGAAAAACACCUGCAGAAAUAUUUGCACCAGGAAGUGUAUCUCAUACAGGAGACUGGGGAAGAUUACAAGAACAUUACUCUGCCUUUUAUUGAGUCAAAGAGUUUCAGUAUUCAGUGGGUAUACAACAUCCUGGAAAAGAAAGCCGAGGCUGAUCGAAUAAUCUAUGAAAACCCGGAUCCUGCCAAUGGUUUUGUUCUCAUUCCAGAUCUUAAAUGGAAUCAAAAACAGCUGGAUGAUUUGUAUUUGAUUGCCAUCUGCCAUUGCCGGGGAAUCAAGUCACUGAGAGACCUUACAGCUGAGCAUCUACCUCUGCUUAGGAACAUCUUAAAAGAAGGGAAGGAAGCGAUAGUGAAGCGUUUUGGCAUCGCUGGACCCCAGUUGAGGAUCUACCUCCAUUACCAGCCGUCCUACUACCAUCUCCAUGUGCAUUUCACUGCCCUGAGCUACGAUGCGCCCGGCUGUUCUGUGGAGCGAGCCCACCUCCUCUCCGAUGUGAUAGAGAACCUGGAGCUCAACUCUCAGUACUAUCAGAAGCGCACUUUGACCUUUGCCCUGCGAGCGGAUGAACCUUUGCUGAAGAAAUUCCAGGAAUCUGACCGAGUCUAAAUUUUGGCCAGCCACCGAUCUAAAUGAAUUUACAUUUUACAGGCAUCAUUAUAGAUUGUCAGUCUUCUAUGUUUUAUAGAUUUUAUACAAUUUAGAGUGUAUUUCAGUUCCUGUUGCUGUUAAAAACUUUUAUAAAAUCAAUACAUGGCUAUA